UAACGUAGCAAAAAAAAAAAAAAGAUAAUCUCUCGUUUUCCUCUUUCUGAAGAGUAAAAUGGAGGGAGAGGAUCAUAAACCAGGAGCUUUAAGCGCUACAUCGAUUCAAGUUUGUGAAGAAAAUGAGCUCAGCAUUAAUGGAAGUGAUGAGGGAGUUCAUGAAAAGGGUAGCAAGAGAAAGGAAAUUCUUAAAGAAGUGAAGAAGCAGUUUUGGCUGGCAGGACCUAUGAUCUUUGCUGGUUUAUUUCUGUAUUUCGUUCAGAUGGUAUCGGUAAUGUUUGUUGGUCAUCUCGGUAAAUUAUAUCUCUCUGGUGCUGCCAUGGCCACUUCCAUGGCAACAGUCGUCGGUUUCAGCUUGUUGCUGGGAUUGGCCGGUGCAUUGGAGACCUUAUCAGGGCAGUCAUAUGGGGCAAAGGAAUAUCAUAUGAUAGGCAUACAUAUGCAGCGAGCCAUGUUUGUUCUUUUAAUUGUCUGCAUACCUCUUGCUGUUGUUUUGGCAAACACAAGACCUAUUCUAAUUCUCGUUGGUCAAGAUGUUGAUAUAGCGGCAGAAGCCGGUCGAUAUGCCCGUUUCAUGAUCCCGAGCAUAUUCGCCUUCGGUCUUCUUCAAUGCCUUGUCAAGUUCUUAACAACACAAAACAUUGUUUUCCCAAUUGUGGUUUCCUUUGGGAUCUCAACUUUGCUGCAUGUACUUUGGUGUUGGGUUCUGGUAUUCAAAUCUGGACUUGGAAGCAGAGGAGCUGCCUUGGCAAACUCCAUAUCUUAUUGGAUCAAUGUUCUAUUGUUAGCUCUUUAUGUUAAGUUCUCUUCUUCAUGUUCCAAAACUUGGACAGGAUUCUCCAGGCAGGCCUUUCGAAACAUUCUCACUUUUCUUAGACUUGCCAUUCCUUCAGCAGUCAUGGUCUGCAUGGAAAUGUGGUCUUACGAAAUAAUGGUUUUUCUAUGUGGCCGACUUCCUAAUCCAGAGUUAGAAACCUCUAUGCUUUCCAUAAUCUUAAACACUGCUUCAACCGUGUGGAUGAUCCCUUGUGGACUUGGUUCUGCCGUGAGCACGCGUGUCUCGAACGAAUUAGGAGCAGGGCAUCCAAAAGCAGCUCGUUUAGCGGUUCGCGUUGCAGUGACCAUGGCCAUUACUCAGGGUGUAUUGGUGGGGUUAGUCAUUAUACUGAUACGCAACAUCUGGGGAUAUGCUUAUAGCAAUGACAUAGAAGUGGUUAAAUAUGUGGCAAUUGUGAUGCCAAUUCUUGCAGGAGCUAACUUCCUAGAUGGAUUGCAGACUGUUCUUUCAGGUAAUGCUAGAGGCUGUGGGUGGCAAAAGAUUGGAGCAUAUGUAAAUCUUGGAUCAUACUAUUUAGUUGGAAUUCCGUUGGCUGUCGUAUUGGGUUUUGUCUUGCACAUGGGCGGAAAGGGUCUGUGGUUGGGGAUGGCUUGUGCGCUACUUCUGCAAGCUUUAUCUUUUCUAACAAUCACCUUAAAAACGAACUGGGAGAAACAAGCCGAAAAGGCUGGAGAGAGAGUCCGUGAUUCGAUAGUUCCAGCUGAUGCGGUUUCAUGACGCUUCACUGCGCCGGAAAACGGAGAACCUUCGUCACAAAUUGUUACAAGAACACAAGUCAACUUUUAUAAUCUACAGAAAGUAAGAACGUAAGAAAAAAUGUCAUUAAUAUUGUACUUCAUCCCGUGAAGAAAGUAAGAACAUUACGGGCUUGUUCUUUUACAUUUUUAAGUUAUG